AUGUCGGCAUCUGAGAUCUUGCGUCUUCAGAACCGAGUCAGAGAGCUUGAAAACAGUACACGGAACACACGCUCUUAUGGUUCGACCACGUCCGAAAACCACGCUGUCGCGACUCAGCGAUCUCAAAACUCCGCUCUAGGAAUCCUUGCGAGUCUCAGUGAUUUGGAGAGGACCGACGAUAUUAAUCGGGCGCAAAUACACCACACUCCAAAUCAAAACGUUGACAUGUCGACACAUGGCCGUCAGCCUUCAAUAGUGUCUGAUCGUUCUCCUCUAUCAAGCAUUCCAACCUCCCGUUCUGUCAAGGAGAUACCAUCCAUUGAUGGACAUUCCCGACAUUCCCGCCAUGCUGCCUCUAGUGGGAUGAUCGGCUCUCUCCCAGAUCAAGGCCCUAGCCACGAAUACUUUGGUGGAUCAAGUGCCGGAAGUUUUGUCAGCCAGGUCCGCGCAGCGGUGUCGCAGAAAAUGAAUAUUCCCGAACAACGUCCAUUUGCUCGGGAUACCCUUAGUAGCUCUGACACUAUGGGAGUUGAAGCGAAGAUUUCUCCAGCGGCCCCGAUAGAUUUCGUGCUCCCCUCAAGAAGAAGGGCAGAUGAGCUCAUGGAUGUGUACUGGGAGGUUGUGUAUCCUUUGUAUCCCUAUUUGGAUAAGGCGGAAACCAUUCUCAAGUAUCGAGAUUUAUGGAAUGAACGAAGCGACUAUGAGGAGGAUGCAACAUUCAUCUGUGGCUUGAAUGUCAUUUUCGCGCUUUCUUCUCAGCUGAUCGGAGAGACACACCAAAGGGAGAACUCAGCCAAGGUCUUCUUCGAGCGGGCGAAAUCCCUCCUUGACCUCUGGCAUUCGGCGUCUUUCCAAUACAUUCAGGUCUGCCUCCUGCUUGGGCAGUAUUUUCAAAGCACAAAUGAUCCCCAUCAAUGUUGGACGAUCAUUGGGAUGGCAAUUCGCACUGCUCAAAGUCUUGGCCUGCAUCUUCGAGAAACUUCUGAGAGAGCCAAUACCCCUCGGAAGAGAGAGCUUCUUCGCAAAGUAUGGCAUGGGUGUAUCAUAAUGGACCGUGUUUCAUCCAUGACUUACGGCAGGCCAACCACGAUUGACAAGAAACUUGCAGCUGCAGUCCCACGGCCAUUGGGAAUUGAUGAGGAUAGACUGCAAGACUUUGGUCGUGUACCAACGCCUAACGAACCAUCUUUGAUCGAUUUCUUCGUUGAGACGUUAUCGUUAUAUGAGAUUCUCUAUGAUAUACUCAUUGCCUUCUACUCUUCUUCGAUGACAGAAGAUAAUUUUGGUGAAGGUAGGUGGGCAAGAUACUUUGGAGGUUCUGAACCGGACACGAAUUGGAGUCCAUCUGUCCACGCAAUUGAUCGCAGGCUCGUCCGUUGGGAAGCCAAUCUGCCUGCUCAUCUGAAGACGGAACGGUCUUCAAGUCGUCCAGAGACCAACAAGUACUUCAUACGGCAGGCGACAAUCCUACGCCAGCGCUACCUUCAUAUUCGACUGCUUGCCCUCCGUCCCGUGCUCUCUGCAUAUGUGGCGGCAGAAACGAGUAAUGCUGAUACUUCCAGCACCUUCGACGGGAUUCUAACGCAACGCAUUGCCUUACAAUGCGCUGUUGUUUGUGUCACCGUUGCCCAAGAGACCAUAGACCUAGCAUAUACCCGACGAUCGGGUGAUCCGACCGCGGUAGGCCCAAUCGCAGCUUGGUGGUACAACGUCCUGUUCGUGUACAGUGCGGCAACAGUUUUGAUCGCGGGUAAACUAUGCCCAUCCAUUCUGACAGAGAUACCCGAGAAGUCGAUAUCUCGCUCAUGGCAUCGAGCCAUAGAAAUCCUGGAACAUUAUCAGUCUUUCGGCCCGGUGAUCAAGCAGCUCGUAGCUGCGCAACAUGUUCUUUUCAGUACUUUGCCGGAGCACUACUCACAGGCCAAAGGAUCGAGACCGCCAGGGGAUGGCUCAUACCAAACUGGUUGCAGUGGUAACAAUGUGCUUACUUCUGCAAGUCGCCAGGUUGAGCAGAUGCGCGCCGAGACUUACAGCGCGCUGCAGUCUAACGCGGCGAUCGAAGAAACCGACAACUCUACAUCCUCCUUGGGUCUCAAUAACCCAAAUUUUGAUUACGAUUUCGAUUUCGUAUUCGACAGUAAUGACCUAUCGUGGCUCAACAGUAUGCCAUUUGAAUUAUGA